CCCAGGUCUCACACUAUAAUGGGACUUCUUACCACCUUCCACUUAGGAAGGGACGGACACGGAGCUGCUGCCCACAUGGAAACGAGCCACCAGACCGGAACAUCCCUUUGUCCCCCUCCAUCCUGCCCGCGGGCACCGGAGGAGGAAUUCCAGUUUGUUCUCUGUGAGGGCUGCAAACAGGAAUCACCCAACCUGAAGCUCCUCACCUGCCUCCACACCUUGUGCCUCAGCUGCCUCAGUGAGAACAAGCCCAUUGGCCAGUGCCCCGCGGCGGUCUGGUGCUCCGAGUGCGAGGAGUUUCUCUGCCUCGCCUGCUUCGAGGCCCACCAGUGGUUCUUCAAGAAGAGGAGCCACGAGGCCAGGAAGGUGGAGGAGCUGAGGGCAGAAACAGCCCACCAGUUUCUGGAAGGCACGAGAAAAUCCUGCAGCCUCUUUUGCUCCAGUCCUGGCCAUACCGACCAGGGUCACAUCACCAGCAUCUACUGCAAGAGGUGUGAGAAGCCCCUGUGCUGUUCCUGCGCGCUUCUGGACAACAAACACUCCCAGUUCUACUGUGACAUCCGGACCGAGAUCCAGCGGAGGCAGGAGGAGCUGGGUGCCAUGAGCCUGGAGCUGAAGCAGAGGAAAAGCGGCUUUGAAGAUGCCUACAAGGCUCUGCAGGACGAGGUGGCCCGCCUGGAGCGGGUGAGCAGCGAGACUCGGGAGCAGAUCCAGCAGCGCGUGGAGCAGCUGGGGCGAGGCAGGCUCCAGGCGCUGGCGGAGCGAGUGAUGGGGCGGACAGGUGCUGCUUCCCAGGCUGUCCCUGAGGUUGAGGUGGCCCUUGAGAACGACCUGCAAGAGGAGCCAAGCCAGCUCAGGAGCCAAGGGAUCGUGCCCACCUUCAGGAUCAGCCUCGAGGAGACGCAGGCGAGCACGGCCCCCCCCGCCGCUACACGGCCCAAGUGGAGGUCACACCAGGUGGAGAGGGGCAGCCAGAGCUCACCCAAAAAGCUGAAGGUGGAGUGUGACAACGCGCCGGCCCGCAGCAAUCCCAUUUUAAACCAGUGGAACGACAAGGGUGGGCCCAGCACGUCCACGCCAAGCCAAAACUGCAGCAGCAUCCCCACCACUAACGCCUGCAAGAGCCACGCUGAUGACACAGGAGUUACCAGCAUCAUCAUAUGCAGCUCAGAGGACAGCGAGGAAGACACAGUGGUCUCCAGUGAGCCCUCUACCCUCUUACACUCAGGGAGCAGCACCUCGCACCACAGCCCUGGCUCUGCCAGCCCCUGGGGCUACGGGCCAGGGCUGAGCACCUUGGUGUUCUUCGACUUGAAGGUCGACCAGAAAACUCAGCAGAUCACACAGAUAGCAGCAGCCAACGGAGAUCACACCUUCAAGACACUGAUCCAGACACCCGAGUCAGUGCUCAUGCUGCUCUCCCAGGGCGUCCCCUUGGAGACGGCAAUGGAGCAGCUCCUCUGGUACCUCCGCUCCGUCCCCAGGCCUGUCCUGGUGGUCUACAACUUCUGGGCACCAGAGCUGCCUGCUCUCUUUAAAGCUCUGGAUGCCACAGCCAGGAAAGUGGACUUCUGCCACACUGUGGAGGGUUACUGGAACAUGUUGCCCAUAAUCAAAGAGAAGCUUCCCAAGGCACCUUCCUACAAGCUGAAGAGCCUGCUGAGAAAACACCUUCGGCAACAGCUGAACGAAGGCAGCGCCCUGGCAACAGCGAAAGCACUGCAGGAUCUGGGUGAAGCCCUGGGGCUGUUCUCCCACCCUGAUCCAGGGCCCUUGUUCACACACUGCAACCUGCAGAGUUACACAAUCCUGCAGGCCCUGGUGCAGGAAAAGCUCCUCACCAAAAGAGCCGCCAAAAUCCUGGCCAGGCGCAACCUCAUCCUCUGGGAGCUGGAGCAGGCGUAGGCAGCAGGAAGGCCCCAGCAGGGCUGCAGCACCAAAGCUGUUGCACCAUGACAUGGGCUGGCCAGGUCCCAGGCUAACCCUGUCACAGAUGCUUGCUCUGGCUUCCUGAAGAGCCUCCGAGGAGCCGAGCACACCUAGCCUCAGUGCAGAGCUGCUCAGGCAUCCCCCCCCACCAGUUUCCAGCAUCUGAUGCAUUAGCCAGGGUUCACCGUUCCCUGCGAGUUCCUGACCCCUUCCAUCCCUGGCAUAGGAUGUAAAAGGGAUCAGGGCUCCAGGUCAGCUCUAAGGGGAAUAAACAAUCCCAUGAAUUAACAUCUUUAGAAAAUAAAUUAUGCAGCACAGCCCAGCAGUGUCUCUACCUCUCCCAGCAAGGGCACAGGGAAGACAUUCUCUAAAUGCUAUUUGUACCAAACGCAAUGCAACCAUUUCGGAGAGAAAGGGAAUCAGCCCUGUCCCAGCUAGGCAGCAAGAGGUACCUUUAUUUUGCAGACCUUUGCAGCCCAAAUCUGGCCUGAAGUGGCAGGCAGAGAUUUCUAGCUGUGUCACCCCCUUUGGAGGGGCUGCCAUGUCCCAGUACUGGGGCAACACACACAUCCUUUGCCCCCAUCUUCUCUGGGGCCUGGGCCUCCUGUCCCUGUGCCAGAGGCAGGGGGGUGUGAGCGUGACAUGGACAGGGCAGUGCAGGAGACACACCACCAGGUGUCUCUUUUGUACAGCUGGGCGCACAGUUGCACGUGUUUGUCCAGGCGUACACGCAUGCUUGUACAUGCUAUACAGCCACAUUAGUGCACAAACACAUGUAUUCACCCAGACACUUGUGAAUGCACAUGCAUGCUUGUGCAUGCACAUAAGUAGGCACCCACACACUUGUGGGCACACAGAUACUCUCCCAAAUGCACACACACGCAAAGAUACCCCCAUGCAAGCUGCCACACUGCUUUCCCCAUAUUGCCAAUUCCAUGGGCAUCCCUACACACAUAAGCACAUCCAUACAACACCCCCCCCCCCUCCCCGCCUCAUCCUUUCCCCCCAGAGAGCCAUGGCCUCUAUCACGUGCACAUCCUGCCAAAGGCCUUGCCAGGAUCUGCCUAGCUGCAGCCAUCACCAGGGCAUCUGGCCUGCUAAAGGAGGCACAGAAGGAGGAAUAGCUGCAGCAGAUCACGAGGCUGGACAGUGAUAUGGGCCCAGGAGAGCCUCCAGACAGCAGUCCUGGGGGAGAGCACCCGCUGCAAGCUCUCGGGAGCAAACUCUACUUUUCCCCCCCACCAGCUAAGCCAGAGGUGCAGGGGCCUGGUCCUCUUCCUCCAAGUCCAGGAGGAAGAAGGCGCAGUCGGGGUGGACUCCCACAGAGGGCAGCCCAGCCAGGGCAGUGCCAACGCACC